CGAGCCUUACGUUUCUUCUGCCACAUGACAAAUUUACAUUGGCUUUGUUUUCCUCUAACUUACAAGUCUUACUAAGCUUCCCAGUUCCAAUCAUUCUUAUUCAGUUCUCACCCCAAAUACUGGUCUUCACUCUUAUCUCUAAGCCAUGGGACAGGUUCUUGACAAAUUACAAGGCAAGCAAUGGAGAGAGAAACAGAUGCGGAAGAUUACAGACAAGGUGUUUUAUCGUUUCAAAAAUGAAACAGGAACAGCUAAGCUCAAGUUUGAAGAACUUUAUAUUGCUGUUCUACUUGUCUACAAUGAUAUCAACAAGCUUUUGCCUGGUCCUCACUUUGAUCCUCCUUCUAAAGAAGAAGUUAAAGCCUUGAUGCAGGAAUGUGACAUGAAUCUUGAUGGUGAACUAGAUCAUGAAGGAUUUGCCAAAUUUGUGAAAAUAUUAACAAAGGAUACCUUCAUCACUGUCAGCCAGGGACUGAUUAUUACCUUGGCAGUAGCACCAACAGUUGCUCUCUUAACAAAGAGGACAACAGAAGGAGUCCCUGGUGUUGGGAAAGUGGUGCAGAAAAUACCCAAUGCUGUUUAUGCCUCCCUGGUUACCCUCACAAUUGUCAUGUUUCAGAAAGCAGCUGAGGCUAAGGAAUAAUGAAAUUAUUUUUCUUACAACAAAGACAAGUUUCGUCUUAUGUGUAUAAUGAUAACAGACACCUGCUACACUCGCAAUUUGAUUUUUGAGCAUCUCAUCUCAUUGUUUGCACAUAUUCUACAAUAAUUUCCAGAAGUCUCUUGUGAAUUUUGGUCAUGUACAUCCUUGCACUAGUCUAAUAUGUGAAUUCAUGUUUGGGUUAGUAACUCAAGUUUUUU